AUGCAGGACUAUCGUGAGUUCAGGAAAAGAUGUGAGAUUUACAGAAAGAAGAUGCAAAUCGGCAAUCGGCAGUCGGAAGUUGUUUACAACCUGGUUACAUUGAUGAGUGGAAAAUCAUGGGAUCUUGUUGAAGACAUGACAAUGGACCAGAUGGCUGCCGACAAUGCCUAUGACCUCUUGUUCGAACGACUCGAUCGAGGAUUCAAAUAUGAUCCUUUGACAGAGUUGCCCGACGACUUUGAGCAGUAUUUCGUUCGACUGCAGAGGAAACCCCAUCAGACCUUGCAGGACUACAUGAAUGACUACACCCGCUGUGAACGACGGCUUCAAAUGACGCAUUCAGUCAACCUUCCUGAAAAGGUCAGGGCAUGGUGGUUUUUGAGGAGGUCAGGGAUUACAAAGGAGCAACGUCAGCUGAUAUUGACCAAUACUGGUACAGGUGGAUUGACAAUUGAGGAGGUGAUGAAGUCCAUGAGCUUUAUCCUUGGGCAGGACUCGACAUUGCAAUCCACAUCAUCAUCCAGAUGGUCACGGCCGCCAGGAAAACCAGUCGACACCUACUACUGUGAUGAAGACCAGACAUACGACUGGGCAGCUGGAUCCGAUGAAGUGGUGAUGGAUCCCUCCCCAGCGUAUUAUGGUGAGGAUUAUGACUGGGAUGAUUGGCAAGACGGCGCAACAGAGUGUGCAGAAGACAUUGCUUUUGUUGAUCAUUGUGAACAGGUGUACGAUGUUGAUGAGUUUGAUGAUGUGUUUGCAAACUAUCAAGAUGCAAAAGCAAAGAUGAACGCACUUCGCAAUUCCCGUGGAUUCUAUCCUGUUGUUGCUAUGUUGCCGCCUCACGUGUCAGGACAAUCUCAAGGAGGACAACCUCGUGGCAAGAGCAGUGGCAAAUCCAAGUCGAAGAGCAAAGAUGAACCGCAUCAAGUGCUGCUCCCAGAGGACACCGAAUCUCAUGUCGGAGAACAUAUCGAUGGAGGCAUUCAGCAGUUGUUGGAUGAGGUGAUGGUUGCAGAAGACACGUUGGACGUGUCUCAGCCUCGGCAGUCAGUCUUGCCGGCUACCACGCGUCAGUCAGACGGAAAAGAUGAGCAGGAGAUCGGAGCGGUCAAAAGACUUCAUGGUCAUGUCCUACGAAAGCUGCAGCGACAAGCAGAGGAGGCAUGCAGAGUGGAGGACAAGAUGCUUCAACAGGGGCAAUCCAUUGACAAUGCAAGCAAUGCACCAGGCGGCAAAAGUCGAAGCUCUAUGGCUGAAGACUAUCCAGAACGACUGGCAAAGAAGUUGGCACAACUGAUGCAAGCAGAUCCCGAUGAAACCCCAGUCCUUGCAGCAGAAGAUGAAGAUGUCGACAUGCCAGAAGUUGGCAAAGCAGCAAUGAACUAUGUGGUCAGAUUGCAUCGCAACUUGGGCCAUCCAGGAUCCAAUGUUCUUUGCAAGAUGCUUGAAGAGGUUCAGGCCACCGAGAAUGUCAUGACAGAGUACGAGCUUGAAGAUCUGAUGAAUGAUGAAAAUGAAGAAUAUGAACCUACCGAACCACCGUCAGAUCAAGAAGCACGAGAUGAUGCAAUACCAGAAGAUGAAAUUCCUGGCGCAGUCCUCAUGUACCAGAACAGACGAAGUGAAGAGAUGAACCAAAGACCAAACUCUUCCGCUUCACCAUCUACAGAAGUUCCAGAAUGUCCUUCAAUUGCUGGAGAUGAUCAAGAAAUGAAGAGAGAGAUGGAAGAUGAUAUCCAAGAGUCAGCAUUGAAGCGUGCGAGAAAGGCAGCCGACAUACCAGACUACAUGAAGAAGGUCAUGCCCGUGACCAUCCACAAAGGUCUUGACGACCUUUGUUUGUUGUGCUUUUCAGAUGCUGCAUUCAAUGUCAGAAGCGAUGGUAGCAGUCAGGGUGGAUACAUUGUUGUGUUGACAUCGCAGAAAGCAUUGUCUGGUCAGCAGGUUCCAUACAAUGUGCUCAGUUGGCGAUCCUUCAAACUCAUUCGAGUUUGUCGGUCAAGUCUGAGUGCAGAGAGUCAAGCGUGCUCGACAGCGCUUGACGAGCUGAUGAUGGUGAGGUCAAUGCUUGCAAUGAUGUUGAAUCCACAGCUUGAUCCGAUGGCAGAAGCUACAGCAGCAGAUUGUGGCAAGUCGGCCAUCAUCAUUGAUGCCAAGGCCCUUUACGACAGUUUGAAGAAGGACGGCAUUGGCAGCUCAGCUGACAAACGUGCUGGAAUAGAGAUCUUGUGCAUCAAGGAGGAGAUCAAAAGGCUCAAGACAGAGCUCAGGUGGGUAUCCAGUGAACGGAUGCUCGCAGACGGGCUCACCAAGAUCCAUGCCCGACAGCAGAUGACAGAAAUGUUGAAAAGUGGUUGGCUCAGCAUUGUUCAUGAUGAAAGCUACACAGCAGCCAAAAAGAAGAACAAGGAGGAACGACAGGCAUCCACAGCAAACACCUUUGGAUACACGAACCAAGUGGCAGCAAGGAUUUCGAUGGUUGUUGCAUUGAAUCAUGUUGCAGAGGCCACGACAAUGGACAACACACAAACUGAAGGUGAAGAGUUGGGUGUAGUUGAAUCCGCUUUCUUCAACUAUGCUUUCUUUGUGACAGCAUUGUCAUUGUUGUUGGGAGUGCCUAUGGUGGCAUAUGGGAUCUACAAGUGCAUGUGCAGGUUGUUUCAGUUCAUCAAGUAUCUGUACUAUCAGGAAAGGUUGAUCACCAUGCUACGCUUGGAAAACCUGGAACUGAAAGAAGAAGCAGAGAAUUCCCGAAAAGAGCUGGCACGACUCCGAACUCGCCUCGUGAGGAUGCGAGUGGGCUUGUGUUUCUACACCGAAGGUGGAACACGGUGGCAUGUCUUUAAUGAUUGCCGCAGCUUUCGUGCUAGUUCAAGGGUGUUGAACAAAGAUGGCUUAUGUCGAGUGUGCUGGGAACGAUUGCAAGAUGAAACAGCUGGAGAGGACAAGAUCAUGCAGACCAACCCAGUGCUUGAGUCCUUCGGGAAUGCGAUGACAGUUAGGAACAAUAACUCCUCACGUUUUGGGAAGUGGUUGCAAAUGACUGUCUCGCCAUCACUCUCAAUUGAAAGCUGUACAGUCACGGACUACCUGCUAGAGUUGACUCGUGUUUGCAGUCAAGGAAGCAAAGAGAGGAACUAUCACAUCUUCUUUCAGCUGAUUGAUGCUCGUCAAAGCGACGAGCUAAAGAGCCUUGGAAUCAUGGAGGCGAAGGACUACGCAUACUUGAAGAAUUGCUUGGCCAAGGCGCCAGGCAUUGACGACAGCCGCUUCUUCGAAGAGCUGAAAGAUGCCUUUCAGGGGUUGGGCAUUGGCCCCAAGCUUCAGUUGGAGGUCUUCAGCAUCGUGGCUGGCCUCCUUUUAAUGGGGAAUGUGGAGUUCGCUGAGGAAGGGGAGGCAGCAAAACUCACUGAUGAGUCCGACUCUGCACCUAUCAAAAAGGCUUCCCAGGUGCUGGGCCUGGAGCUGGAGGCCUUGAAAUCAGCUUUGCUGAAACGCCUGAUCAAAGUCGGAAAGGAUGUGACGGCAAAGCCUCGCACGGCACCGCAAGCCCGCGCUACGGCUGACGCAGUGGCACGGCUAUUGCGUUCCUUUAUGAACUUGGCGGAAUAUGUGUACACAAUGUGGACAAAUGUACAGUUACAAGUUGCAUCAUUUAGGCAUUGUAAUUAG